GUUGGUCAAAUGUGAAAGAGCGCAACUGGAGUUCGAUAAAAAUAGCAAACGUAGCCAAUAAAAAAAAUAAAAAUAAAAAAAAUCUGUUAAAGAAAAAGUUUAUAUUUACAUUAAAAUGCAAUAAAACAGUGAAAGUGAUUGUUAAUUAUAAUUUUAUGAAAAAUCGAUCUUCUACACAGCGCCUAGUAGCUUUUGCAUCGACUUGCCCGCACACAUACGUACAUACCAAUUUGAAUUUCCGUAUACAAAUCGCAAAGGUCAAACACGUGAAAAAGCAGCGAGCAGAGCAAAGCAGGAGGCGCUGAGGACUAGAGCAGCUAAGUGAAACGGUUAAGUUUAGUGCGGUGUGUGACGGUUUGACGUCGUUGAGUGCUACGGUGAGGUGCGGAGGCGAGAAGUGUUGCGCUGCUGCCCUCCCAUUCUGCCGCGUGUACUUGGAAAUUGAUUUGUUCCUUUUCCUUCAGGCGCCCGUUUAUUGCAGCGCCAACUUAAAAUCUCUUCCUGAUCUCCCUACUGUUAUUGCUAUUUUUAUUUUCACUUACUGCUGGUGGUAAUCAUCCGGAUAGUGUUGCUAAGUGGACAAUAAUUUGCAAUCUUUACACUUCUUGUUGUUGUUGUUGGCUUUCUUGUUAUCUAUCGUUAACAUACAUGCACACGCACAGAGAUAUAUAUUUGUAUUUGUUGGAAAGCUUGUGUGAAAUUUGCUGGAUAUAAGUGCUACUAAUUAAAGUGUUUGCCAAUAUCGGGAAUUAUCCUACGUGUCAGUCGAGUUAAGAGAGGGUUAAUAGAGCUGCUGCUGCUAUUGCUGCGAAACCAAAACAGUUACAAGUGUUGCCUUUCAAUAACAUACAGAGAGGUGUAUGUGAGGGACGAGUGCAAAGCGAGAGUUCCUGCGAGAGUGAGCGGCGAAAGAGCAUAAAAGCGGAUUCGUGCGAAAGUGUUAUUGGUGGUGAAGUGGCGGGCUCCUAGUGACCGAGUUGCUGGAGGUGAAGAGUGCAAAAUCUAACUGUGCAGCUGUUAAAUUAAGUGCUUCAGCCGUACAAAGUACAUACCUUCUGCCUGCCAAUCUAGUCGGCGCGUGCCUUUUGUGUUAUAAUGAAUAUAUUUUGUCCGAGCCAUUGGAUAUUGCAGCCAGUUCAAUGUCAAGAUGGAUCUUCGUUUCUAAAACGUGCCAGCACCGAUAAACUCCGCGAAGUCUUCCUUAAAUAUGCCUCACUACAAAAGGAUGGCGACUACUACAUGACCAGCGAGGAUUUCGUGCGAAAAUUUCUUGGACUCUUCACCGAUGCUACAUUCAAUGAUGAAUCUGUGCGUUUGUUAGCCAGCAUAGCGGACACCAGCAAAGAUGGGUUGAUCUCAUUUGUCGAAUUCCAAGCCUUUGAGGGGCUGCUCUGCACGCCAGAUGCGCUCUACAAAACCGCUUUCCAACUAUUCGACCGCAAAGGCAACGGCACGGUUCAUUAUUCCGAUUUCGUCGAUAUCGUACAAAAAACCGAAUUGCAUUCUAAGAUACCUUUUAAUUUAGAUAGUUCCUUUAUUAAGCGGUAUUUUGGCGAAAAAAAAAACCGCACCAUAAGUUAUGCGGAAUUCACACAAUUACUCCAUGAUUUCCAUGAGGAAUACGCAAUGGAAGCAUUCCGUAGUAAGGAUCCAGCUGGUUCUGGAUACAUCUCACCCUUAGAUUUUCAGGAUGUUAUUGUUAAAGUGAAAAGGCAUUUACUCACACCCGUCGUCAAGGAUAAUCUAGUAGCGGUCACCGAAGGUCACAAAGUGAGCUUCCCCUACUUCAUCGCAUUUACUUCGCUGCUCAAUAAUAUGGAAUUGAUUAAACGCAUCUAUUUGCACGCCACUCAAGGUAAUCGCAACGAACCCGUGACAAAGGACGAACUACUUUACGCCGCACAAACAAUGAGUCAAAUAACGCCAUUAGAAAUUGAUAUACUCUUUCAAUUAACCGGCGCGCUGCAUCAAACCGGUUGGUGGCGACGCAAAAAGAUCGAUCCCAAUAGGCGCAUCGUCUAUAAUGAUCUGAACAAUAUUUCGCCAGAGCAUUAUACAAAGCAUAUCACGACCCGUUUGGCGGAGAUCAAGGCCGUUGAGAGUCCGGCCGAUCGUUCGAUGGCCAUACAGAUUUUGGAGAGCACCUAUCGUUUCACGCUCGGUUCACUGGCCGGCGCUGUUGGUGCUACUGUGGUGUACCCCAUUGAUUUGGUAAAGACACGCAUGCAAAAUCAACGCACAGGCUCUUUUAUUGGUGAAAUCGCUUAUAGAAACUCAUGGGAUUGCUUUAAGAAGGUUAUACGUCACGAGGGUGUACUCGGCUUGUAUCGCGGCUUGUUGCCCCAACUGAUGGGCGUGGCGCCGGAGAAAGCCAUCAAGCUGACUGUGAAUGACUUAGUGCGUGACAAGUUUACCGAUAAACAGGGUGUGAUACCAUUGUGGUCCGAAAUCAUGGCCGGCGCUUGUGCCGGUGGCUCACAAGUGGUGUUCACCAAUCCUUUGGAAAUCGUGAAAAUUCGUCUCCAAGUUGCCGGUGAAAUCGCAGGCGGAGCCAAAGUACGUGCCUUAUCUGUUGUUCGUGAUCUGGGUUUGUUUGGCUUGUACAAAGGUGCACGCGCCUGCUUGCUGCGCGAUGUGCCAUUCUCUGCUAUCUACUUCCCCGCUUAUGCGCACACAAAAUCGCUGUUCGCCGACGAAGAUGGCUAUAAUCAUCCACUGACCUUGCUGGCGGCUGGUGCUAUUGCUGGUGUACCUGCUGCCUCGCUCGUAACACCUGCCGAUGUGAUCAAAACUCGCCUGCAGGUCGUGGCGCGCUCAGGUCAGACAACCUACACGGGCGUCUGGGAUGCCACCAAGAAAAUCAUGGCAGAAGAGGGACCACGCGCCUUCUGGAAGGGAACUGCUGCUCGUGUCUUCCGUUCUUCGCCACAGUUCGGUGUAACCUUGGUUACUUAUGAGUUGCUGCAGCGUCUCUUCUAUGUCGAUUUCGGCGGCUCACAUCCAACCGGUUCGGUGGUGACCAAACCAAAGGUGCUCGACGAAACCACACAAAGAUUCAACUCAGACCACAUCGGUGGCUAUCGUGCUGCUGUGCCGCUGCUCAAUGGCAUUGAAUCGAAAUUCGGCCUCUAUCUGCCACGUUUCGGACGCGGCACGACAAGCACAACGACCACACCAGGCUCGUGAUAGAGCAGUGGCGGUCAGCGGUCGACAAGUAGUUGCUCUCAAAUAAGUCUAUUGUUAAAUAAAUUUUAAUUAAUAAAUAUUUAUAAAAGAAAACACUUGUUGUUAGCAAUUAUUACAAAAGAAGAAAACCAAAACAUGCAAAUAAAUAAAUUUUACAAAAUAAAUCAAUUGAGCAAAUAUUAAAGAAGACACAUACACAACAAAUAUACAUAAAUACAUAUAUUUUUUGCUAUGAAAAUAUAUAUUAUAUUUCAACGAUUUUCAAAGGCGAUAAAACGAAACAGUACACAUUUUAUAUAUGAAAAGUAUAAAUAUAUAUUAAAAAAAGAAGAAGAUACACUGAAAAAAUCAAAAAUGUGAAUGUGUAUUUUAGAGAAGACACUUUUGCCAACUUUUCAGAAAAUCAUACACACCUACACAUACAGAACCAACUCAAAUCAAAUGCAGAAAUAUGAAAGAAACAAAAAAACAACAACAAGCAAAAAAAUAAAUAAAAACUAAAAACCAACAAAAAACUCAAAAAUAUAUAACAUACAGUGUAACUUAUUUAUUAAUUGUGUAGAGAAGAGCUAUAAAAUACUGUCCGUAAAUUGUUUUCGUACAAUUCUUGAGUGACCUCUCGCUAUGCGCGAAUCUAUGUAAGCAAAAAAAAAAAUACAAAAAAGUAAAAACAUUUUUUGAACUAAUGAGUAAUGAAACAUAAAUAGAAAUAAAUCACAGAUUAGAAAAUUA